AUGAUUCCGAAGGAGAAAUCCUUGUUAACCACCGAAGAGAGAACCCGAGUAAAUCUCGACAAUAUAGCCAAAGAUAUACUCUACAAGGCUCUAGACAAAUCAUUGUUUCCGAGAGUACGGAAGUGUAAGAAUGCUAAAGACAUCUGGGAUGUACUUAUGCUCAUAGGUGAUGGAGACGAACAAGAGAAGGAGAACAAGUUAACAAUUGCCAUGAAGAAGUUUGAAGAUUUCAAACUCAAUCCAAAGGAGUCCAUAACUGAAAUGGAAGCUCGGUUCAUAAAGUUAUUGAUGAAGAUCAACGAUCUUGAUGAGAAAAAGCUAUCACAAAAGGAGAUAAACUUGAAGAUUCUCCGAGGACUACCCAAAAGCUGGGAAAUGAAAGUAGUAGCUCUCCGAGGACUACCCAAAAGCUGGGAAAUGAAAGUAGUAGCUAUGCGAGGACUACCCAAAAGCUGGGAAAUGAAAGUAGUAGCUAUGCGCGAUCAUAGAGAAAGCUGGGAAAUGAAAGUAGUAGCUAUGCGCGAUCAUAGAGAUCUCAAGACAAUGAGCACUACUCAGAUCUUUAGUGAUCUGAAAGCCUACGAGUUUGAGAAGGAAACACAAAAUGAUGAAGAACCUGAGACAAGAAACAUAGCCUUAGUUGCAAAUCAUCAACCUUCAUCAUCAACACCAAGGUUCAAAAGAUUCAUGCGAAAGAAUCAGUCCUACGACAACUCUGACAAGAUAAGAAGAACGAAGUACCGAAGCAAUGACAAAGCAAGUGGAUCCAGAACACAUGAAAAGGAUGAAAUACAAGUGCUGUGUUACAACUGCCGAAAACCUGGACACUUCAAAGCUGAAUGUCCGUAUCCCAUUGUCAAGAAACAUCAGGACGAGCACAACUACAAGAAGAAUUCGGGAAACUAUCACAACCUGAAGAAUGCACCAAAUGAUGCUGACGAGGAGCCAAACAAAAAUCAGAAGAAUGAUAGGCGAAGGAAGGCUCUAGCUGUAGAAGAGAAGUCAGGAGACAAGAACGACGAGUCAUGCACGUCCAGCUCUAGUUUAGAAAGUGACAGUUCGGAGGAUGAGAAGGGACUACUGUGUCUAUUCAGUCAAGAGGACUCAAAUGAAGAGCUGUGCCUUAUGGCAGAUGAAGAAGAGGUAACCUCACAAAACCACUCUUCUAAUUAUAGCUCUGAAUCCACAUAUCAUGAAAACCCUAGGGAAGCAUUCGAAAGAAUGAUGAAGAGUUUUGAUGGUAUUGAGGAUUCACACUUCAAGCUCAAAGAAGAGAAUGCCAAGCUAUUGGCAGAAAGACAAGAUCUCGAGGACUUAAGGUCCAAAAAUGCUGAGAUGCUUGAAUCUAUAAGCCAGCUUGAGAAGCAAGUUCAUUUUCUUGAGGAAGAGUAUGAUCAAAGACCAUCAGGGAGUAGAACCGGACUCGGUUAUAGCUCUAGCUCUCAUCAACAUGUUCUCUUAACACGACCAACUGACCCUUCUACUAGUGGAGGUUUAAGUUCUGUCUUUAUCCAAGGACAAACUGAAAAUCUUGAGCCAGUGAUUAACGCCAUAAAUGGAACAGAACCACAAUCAACGAGUCGAUCUAAUGAUCCGACUGAAACACGUAUUGUGGACCCUACGAGAGGGAAUUCCCAAAGCGGUAACCCGAGAAGUCAGCAGACCCCUCGGUAUAGACCACGCGUACCGAACCAUCAUAGUCGUGUCACAAAUGGUCAACCACUUGGGAAUAACCAAUCUAAAGGAAAAUUCCAAGGCAAUAAGAGGCAACACUAUUCACAGAGGCAACGCAAAGGUAGACCUCAGGGAAGACCGAGUUCUUACUCGAAUAGUGUCAAGAAUUUCAAAAAGUUCCCUAGCAAGCAUAAUGGCGGAGAUGGUAGACUAUACCCCAGUGAUGAGGACUAG